AUGAUUGAAGAAUCAGAACUAAAUAUACUAGUGUCCAAUGUCAUAAGUGAGAACCGAUACAGCCAUUGUAGGUUAUGCCUAAAGAAAAUUCAAGACCAUUAUGUUCGUCUUCAGGAUUGUGUUUCGAUAGAUGCUAAUCGUGGCUACUUCCAGGUGCUUUCGGAAGUUUUGGCUGAACUUUUAGGCCCUGAGAUAUCUGAAGAUAUUGUAGGGUUGGAUGCUGUAUGUAUGGAGUGUGUGGACAAAACUCUUGAAACUCAGAAAUUUCUUUUAAAUUGUAGAAAUGCUACAACAGUUCUUCACAAUAUAUUUGACAAUCUCACAAACACUUUGAAUAUUGAUAUUGAAAAUCCAAACACAGAUCAUAGUCUUUAUAUAACCGUUGCAGAGUUUGAAUCUAAGCUCAUAUUAACUAAAAAUGAUGAUAAAAGUAAACCUGUUACACCUCAAUCGGAAGUUUUUACUUGCACAGAAUGUUUCGAAGAGGUUGAUGAUAUCAUUGAUCUUAAAGUUCACAAUUUGACAACACAUUUUACCUUCACUUGCGAUAAAUGCUUAUUUACUUCAGCUGAUGAUGCUGAACUAACCAGUCACCAGAACAGUGAGCAAAUGUUUACAUGUGAUUACUGUGAUACACGCAGAUGCACAAGAGACAGCCUCAGAGUACACCAGGAUAACGCUCAUGAGUUGUAUGUGUGCAAAGACUGUGGAAAAGCCUUUACAGGUUUGGAAAAGCUCCAAGCACAUGAACAUAAACACUUGUCCAAAAGCGAGUGUCCAAAAUGUGGAAAAAGUUAUAACACAAAAGAGUUUUUCUUAAAACAUGUCAAGUUGUGUAUGGAAGACUUAUUAGAUCCUCACCCGAUGAGAAGUAAAAUUGAAAAGACAUAUUUUUGUGACAAAUGUGGUAAAGGUUACAGUACCCCUGGGGGUCUGAGAGUUCACCAUAGAUUUGUGCAUGGUAAUGCUAAACCACAUGUAUGCAAAUUUUGCAACAAGCAGUUUACUGCUCCUAGUUACUUAAAAGUUCACAUGGUAAAGCACACAGGCGAAAAGAACUUCAAAUGUGACAUCUGUACUCGAAAAUUUGUGUCCAAAGAGGCUUUACUGUAUCAUACAAGAAGGCAUACCGGUGAAAAACCUUAUAGCUGCACCAUGUGUGAUGAAAAGUUUGUCAAUUCUUCAGCCAGAGCUGAACAUAUAAAGUUCAAACAUGUUGGGCCUACAUUAAUGUGCGAAAUAUGCUCCCGCAAGUUUGUCACAGCAACAUUCUUAAGACAGCAUAUGAAGAAACACCAUGAUCCUUCUAAUAAAUUGUAUACUGGCAGAAGUUUGAUUCCACCUAAUGUGCCAGCUGUUGAAAAUAUGCGUGUUAGGUUUAUUGACUGA